GUUGUUGUCAACGACGACAAACAACGACGGAGCUGUUGUGCUUGGUGUGCUUGGCGCGAGCACAACAACGGUAGCAUGGGUGGAGGUGGUGGUGGAGCGGGGACAGGGGAGGGGGAUCAGCCGAGCACGGUGGCCUUGAACCUGCUCUGCCUUUCGCUUGCGUAUUACUCGCUCGCAUACAUCUUCUCGGGCCUGAUUGGACCCAUCUGCGACACUGGGCUUGAGGGCACCCUUCCCUUUGAGCUGAAACACAGCUUCUCGGAUAACCGCGGCCUUGCCGCUUGGGUGAACGUUGUCGUGAGCAUGCUUGCCGUAAGCGUGAUUGCACCUUGCAUUUGGCCGUACCAUCCACGAUUAUGGGACUACCUCGCUUCCCUCGCAGUCCUCAACUUUAUCCUCUCAUGCAUAGUGACGAGAGAGGCGCCGGACAGUUACAUUUGGUGGGUGACCAUGCUGACACUGGUGCCAGUGUGUUUGCUGGUCGCCUAUGGGAUGCAGGUCUUGCUUCGCAAACGCUUUCCUCCUCGCACUGCCGUUGAGCGUGUCCCGCCACCUUCCUCGUCUUAGCACCCAUGAUGUGACAUGUGAAAUGAUGCCAAACGGCUCCAUGCGUUGCGUUGACGCCUAUCAUACUUAUUUGAGGAUGUACCUCCCGCAGGCGCGCGGCACUGCAACCAGCGCAACACGUUUGAUUGAUAAACGAACCACCAACCAA